AUGGCGGCGCUGGAUCGAAUCGUUCCAACUCUGAAGGAGAUAGUUUCGCGAUUUUCGUCUGUGAGUGAGUCCGACGAUAACGACAACGAGAUGAGGACGGCCUGUGACAUGGUGGAGAAGCUUUGCCUUUCAGAGCAUCUCGCCUACAAGCAACGGAUGGUGAAUGAUGACGUGUGCAUCCAUCCGACGAACCGCUGGGGACUUGGAGUGGAGUUUACGGAGGUGCACAACCUGAUGACGUUGAUCACCCGAGGCGGCUGGUCUUGGCACGCUGUUGGCACCUGCAGGGCGUUCGAGGUUCCUCCGCCUGGCGAAGCGGCUGCUUCGAUUCGUACCUUCAACGAGGACUUGGUGAGCAGCGCGGACGGUUACUUGGCUCCAGUACCCCCUGCACCUAAGAUCGCAACGGUGGCAUCCAGCCACACGGUCCAAGUGUUGAGGUGCAUCAGCAAUGGUGCGAAAGGCAUGGACUCUGAACUUACUACCGACGAAGGCCGCAUUUCUCGUGACAAGGUGUUCGAGGUGUGCAAGAGCAUGGAGGAACCGAUUAAGAUUGGUUUGGAAUGGACGGUAUUCCACUGGCUACUUGAAGACCGCGUUCCAGGACUCGCCGAGUUCGUGCAGGGCGCCAGCAACAUCGGCCAUGGAUCCGAAAGGGUCCAAUCCAAGGUGCAGACUUUGAAACAGAUCUCGAAGAUGGCCCUAAACAAUAUCAAGAAGCUGGGUGCUGCAAAAUGGGAGGCUGUGACGCGCGUGGUUGAGCGGACUCGCCCAUUUUUGAAAGGAAGCGUCGGUCAUAUGUGCACCUACGUCGAGCACUACAGUGGAGGCGAUCCUCCCUGCUUCUUGGACGAAGUGGCAGCAUUCGUGAAGACGCUGGGCGAGAACUACCGUGACGUGGCUGGCCAGACGUUUCAAUGUCUCGGAGAUGCCCCAUUCACAGAUGGCCCAGAAUGGAUUACGGCCUGCCUCAAAGCCAGCCUCAGUUGUCCCGAGAACUUCUUGCGCGAUGGCCAGUCUCGCAUGUGGACCUCUGCUGACAUGCAAGCUCUGCAAGGCGGGAAGGUCCGACUUCAAGCAAUUGCAGGUGUUGCGCAACAUCGGGCAUGCAAGGCGUUCCUCCUACAGACCUGCGGCAUGGCUCACCCCUCCAAGCAGCACGCAGUCGCCAAGCUGCUCGGAGACCUUGACGUCAGGAUGGUUAUGAUGGUUCACAACAAGAGGGCCAGGACGAGGCGAAGCUUUUCAAGCAUGGCUGAGAUUGCAGCUGAGUUCAUGAAGGACCUGAUUGAGAUUGACCCUGCAGUGAGCCAAUUCGACCCACCCGUCGAGAUCUCCAAGCUCGAGGUCGAGAAGAAGGAGCGCGACGGAAUCAAGCAGUACGACAACGGCGUCCUGUGCAACAACAUCAUGGAUGGGCUCGGCUUCGAGGUCGGUUCGAAGGUGAUGCUGAAGGCGUCCGAGAGCGACGACGGAGCGGUCAUGGUGAUCGGAGCUAUUUCUGCUGGGCAGGUCGCCUUGAGGAGCGAGCCCGAUAAGAAGGGCAAGGUCACAGAGGUUAAGCUCACGAUCAACGCCCUC